CAUUGGAAAAGUCUAGAACUUUGAAGUUGUAAUCAUGUUAUAAAUCCCUGUAUCUUCAAUCUCAUCGAAACCCAAAAAAAUUUCAGUUCCAAUCCAUAAUCGUGAUGGAAAUCCCCAUUUACAUCAACAUCUCUAUCUUUAUUGCCCUUGUUACUUUAACUUGCGUUUGGAAUCCUACUCUCUCUUUGAAAACCUGUGAUUUCCCUGCUAUUUUCAAUCUCGGCGACUCGAAUUCGGACACCGGUGGGUUAGCUGCUUCCUUGAUCACCCCUACUCCGCCUUAUGGAGAGACGUUUUUUCACAUGCCGGCGGGGAGGUUCUCGGACGGACGACUCAUCAUCGAUUUUAUUGCAAAAAGUUUUGAUCUGCCAUAUGUGGAUGCGUAUCUUGAUUCUUUGGGGACCAACUUCUCGCAUGGUGCAAACUUUGCCACAGCAUCUGCCACCAUUGGACUACCGAGCAGGAUUAUUCCUGGCGGCGGAUUCAGUCCAUUUUAUCUAACUAUACAGUAUGACCAGUUCAUACAAUUCAAACGCAGAUCACAAAUGGUUAGAAAAAAAGGUCCAUUUUUUGCAAGUUUGAUGCCCAAAAAAGAGUACUUUUCAAAAGCUUUGUAUACAUUCGACAUCGGCCAAAAUGAUCUUGGAGAAGGAUUUUUCGCUAACAUGUCCAUAGCAGAAGUUAACGCUUCUGUUCCUGGAAUUGUCGAUGAGUUUGUUACAACUGUGAAGAACAUAUACAAAUUAGGAGGUCGAUCAUUUUGGAUUCAUAACACUGGACCAGUAGGUUGCUUACCUUAUAUUUUAGCGAACUUUCUCUCGGCUGAGAGGGACAAUGUUGGUUGUGCAAAGUCUUACAACGAAGUCGCUCAGUACUUUAACUAUAAGCUGAGAGAAGCCGUAUUUCAACUGAGGAAUGAUUUUCAGGAUGGUGCAUUCACUUAUGUUGACAUCUACUCUGCAAAGUACUCUCUCUUUAAGGAACCAAAAAGAUAUGGAUUUGAACUUCCACUUGUAGCUUGUUGUGGCUACGGGGGCCAGUAUAACUAUAGCGACAGUGUUGGUUGCGGAGGAACGACCACAAUUAACGGCACACAAAUAUUUGUUGGUUCAUGUGAACGCCCUAAUGUUCGAGUAAAUUGGGAUGGUAUACACUAUACAGAGGCGGCUGCUAAAUUUGUUUUUGAUCAAAUUUCAACGGGAAACUUGUCAGACCCGCCGAUUCCCUUGAGAAUGGCAUGCCACAGGACUAUAGGCUCUAGUCAUGACCUCAUGUAUAUACUGAUGGAGCUCCCCUAUCAACUCAACAUCUACCACUUCGUACUCAUCCUUUGUUUCACUUGCAUUUGGCAUCCAAUCUUCCCUUUACAAAGUUGCGACUUCCAAGCCAUCUUCAACUUCGGCGAUUCAAAUUCGGACACCGGCGCCAUAGCUGCCACUCCCUUUCUCCCUCCCCCUACUGUGCCCAAUGGACAAACAUUUUUUCACAUGCCUUCGGGGAGGUACUCCGAUGGACGUCUCAUCAUCGAUUUCAUCGCACAAAGUUUUGGGCUACCAUAUUUGAGUUCAUAUCUUGAUUCUUUGGGUACAAACUUCUUGCAUGGUGCAAACUUCGCCGCCGGGGGAGCCACAAUCAUACCUUUCCCGAAUCCUCUCGUUCCCCUCUAUCUUACCAUGCAGUACCGCCAAUUUGAACAAUUCAGACUCAGAUCACAAAUCAUCCGAGAAAAAGGUGGAAUAUUCGCAAGUAUGAUGCCCAAAGAGGAAUAUUUUUCGAAUGCUCUGUAUACGUUUGACAUUGGACAAAAUGAUAUUGGAGGAAAAUUGUUUUUGGCUGACAUGUCGAUACAACAAAUCAAUGCAUCUAUUCCUCAUGUUAUCAACGAAUUUAUUGCAAAUGUGAAGAAUAUAUACAAGUUAGGAGGUAGAUCAUUCUGGAUUCAUAACACAGGGCCAAUUGGUUGUUUGCCUACGUUUUUGACCAUCUCUAACUCGAUUGAAAUGGACGAUGUCGGUUGCGCAAAGCCUUACAAUGGAUUGGCUCAGUAUUUUAACUAUAAGUUGAAAGAAUCCAUACUGCAACUAAGGAAGGAUUUUGAAGAUGUUGCAAUAACUUAUGUUGAUGUCUACUCUGUCAAGUACUCUCUCUUUAAAGAGCCAACAAAAUAUGGAUUUGAGUUCCCGUUGGUAGUCUGUUGUGGAUAUGGAGGCAAGUACAACUUUAGUCUAAGUGCUGGAUGCGGAACAACAUUAACAAUUAACAAUGCACAAACAUCUCUUGGUUCAUGUGAAGAUCCUGAGGCAGCAAACAAAUUUGUAUUUUAUCAAAGUAACGAUACACAAAUAUUUGUUGGUUCCUGUGAACACCCUGAUGUGCGGGUUAGCUGGGAUGGCACACACUACACAGAGGCAGCUAACAAAUUUGUAUUUGACCAAAUUUCAACUGGACUUUACUCAGACCCGCCCGUUCCCUUGAAGUUGGCAUGCCAAAGGGACCCCCAGUUUUUUGUACCUUCAGAAACCAAAAAUUUUCACUUCCAAUCUAUAAUCGUGAUGGAGAUCCCUAUUUACAUCAACGUUUCCAUCGCUUUAGUCUUUGUUACUUUAACUUGCAUUUGGAAUCCAACCUUCUCCUUGAAAAGUUGUGAUUUCCCUGCUAUUUUCAAUCUUGGCGACUCUAAUUCGGACACCGGUGGGUUAGCUGCUUCCUUGAUCACCCCUACUCCGCCUUAUGGAGAGACGUUUUUUCACAUGCCGGUGGGGAGGUUCUCCGACGGACGACUCAUCAUCGAUUUUAUUGCAAAAAGUUUUGACCUGCCAUAUCUGGAUGCAUACCUUGAUUCUUUGGGGACCAACUUCUCGCAUGGUGCAAAUUUUGCCACGGCAUCUUCCACCAUUGGACUACCGACCACGAUUAUCCCUGUCCGCCGUGGAUUCAGCCCAUUUUAUCUAACUAAACAGUAUGACCAGUUCAUACAAUUCAAACGUAGAUCGCAAAUGAUUCGAAAAAAAGGUGAAAAAACUUUUGCCAGUUUGAUGCCCAAAGAAGAGUAUUUUUCAAAAGCUUUGUAUACAUUCGACAUCGGCCAAAAUGAUCUUGCAGAAGGAUUUUUGACGAACAUGUCCAUAGCAGAAGUUAACGCUUCUGUUCCUGGCAUUGUUGAUGAGUUCGUUACGACGGUGAAGAAUAUAUACAAGUCAGGAGGUCGAUCAUUCUGGAUUCAUAACACGGGACCAAUAGGUUGCUUACCUUACAUUUUAACUAACUUUCUCUCGGCUGAGAGGGACAAUGUUGGUUGCGCAAAGCCUCACAACGAAGUAGCUCAGAAUUUUAACCAUAAGCUGAGAGAAGCCGUAUUUCAACUGAGGAAUGAUUUUCAGGAUGGUGCAUUCACUUAUGUUGACAUCUACUCUGCAAAGUACUCUUUCUUUAAGGAACCGAAAAGAUAUGGAUUUCAGCUUCCACUUGUAGCUUGUUGUGGCUAUGGGGGCAAGUAUAACUAUAGCAACAGCGUCGGUUGUGGAGGAACGAUCACAAUUAAUGGUACACAAAUAUUUAUUGGUUCAUGUGAACUCCCCAAUGCUCGAGUAAAUUGGGAUGGUGUACACUACACAGAGGUGGCUGCUAAAUAUGUUUUUGAUCAAAUUUCAACUGGAAACUUCUCAGACCCGCCGAUUCCCUUGAAAAUGGCAUGCCACAGGACUAUAGACAUUGAAAUGUGAAUCUUAGAUUCAUGUUCAUCUAUUAUAUACAACGUAUUA